GUUAUGUAAGGAAACAUUUCUCAAAUGUUAAUUUUCAAUUUCCGACAAAUUGUGACUCGUGCGAGGCGGCCACUUUCUGCGAGCGUGUGCCGCAAUGGAAAGCUGCCACAUACACGCUACUAUGGCAGCCAGGCAAACAUCAACAAAGACACAAUCGAUCUGUACCGGCAGCAGUACAUUCGUGACUCGUGGACGAACCUAACGCCAAAGGUUUUGUCCCAUCUGGACCGCAACCUCCAUCUGCAACGUAACCAUCCUCUAUCGAUUGUGCGGGAAAAGAUUGUGAAAUACUUUUACGGUGCUUAUCUAAGUCCACGUGGAAACCCGCUGUUUAGUGUGUACGACAACCUCAGUCCGGUAGUUUGUGUGGAGCAAAACUUUGACCAGCUGCUGAUUCCGCAGGACCAUCCGAGCCGGGCCAAGAGUGACUGUUACUAUGUGAACAAAGAUUAUCUGCUGCGUGCACAUACCACCGCACACCAGGUCGAAUUGAUCCAAGCCGGUUUGGACAAUUUUCUUGUCGUCGGUGACGUGUAUCGUCGUGAUGAAAUCGAUGCAACGCACUACCCGGUGUUUCAUCAGCUAGAUGCCGUCCGUAUCGUGCACCAAGACAAGCUGUUUGAACGCAACCCAGAGCUAAAAAUUCAUGAAACGCACUACAAAACACAUCUGUCGAACGGAAACCCAACGACGGGCAAUGGCAGCCCUUUGACGGACUGCAUCGACCAGCACAAGCAGCCAUGCCAUACGCUCGAAGCGGUGAAGCUUUGUGAGCAUGAGAUGAAAAAGGUUUUGGUAGGGCUCGUCCAGAAGUUGUUCGGCGAAAGCAUCAAGUACCGCUGGGUGGACGCAUAUUUUCCCUUUACGCAGCCUUCAUGGGAGUUGGAAAUAUAUUUCAACGGUAACUGGCUCGAAAUACUCGGUUGUGGCAUUACGCGGAAUGAAAUUCUCGAUCGUGCCGGAGUGCAGAACUCGAUAGCGUAUGCGUUCGGCGUAGGAUUGGAGCGUUUGGCUAUGAUUCUGUUCGACAUACCGGACAUACGACUGUUUUGGAGCAAGGAUAGUGGCUUUCUGAAUCAGUUUCGGGACGAUCGAAUCGUCAAGUAUAAGCCAAUCUCGUCGUAUCCUCAGUGCAGCAACGAUUUAUCGUUUUGGCUACCGGAAGGUAUGUCUGCCGAACAAUUUGCGCUGAACGAUUUCUACGACAUAGUGCGAAGUGUCGGUGGUGACAUUGUUGAACAGGUUACGUUAAUCGACCGCUUUACUCAUCCAAAAACGGGCAAGAGCAGUCUUUGCUUCCGUAUCGUCUAUCGUCACAUGGAGCGAACGUUGACACAGGCGGAGGUGAACGUAGUGCAUGCAAAGAUAGGUUCGGAACUAGUUGAUACUUACCAUGUUAGCAUACGAUAAACAAUGCAAUAUUAAAUCAUUGUGAUCUUCGGAGUGGAGUGCAAAGAUGACGCUGAUUUAGACUUGUGCCUUGAAUUGGUACACUUUUGUUUCGCUUUUCGAUUCGAAAGAAUUCCAUUUCAAAGUGUGGCCCCAAUUUUUCGCAGAUGCGAAUCGGAAGUAUAAAAUGUUUAACUAUUUUUCGAUCAAAGAGAGAUUUUAGACAAAAUUCGAUGCGGAAUGAUAAUAAGCGUAGAAAAAGUUUAGCGAACAACAAGAUGCUGAUUAAAUAUGUCUGUAGGGAUAAUAAACUAAAUAAUAAUAAUAACUAACUUACUAACUUACUAACUUUACUUACUUUCUUGCUUAUAUACGUAACGAACGCGUUUCGACCUACUGCAGGAGUUUCCUGCUUUUGAGCAAGAGCCAUCGUCAGUCAAUUUGAUAA